CGUUCAUCGCAUCGCCGAGAAGCCAUUGCGAAGCUAAACGGUCCGAAGGAAAGGUAGAGCGGCUGAACGUAGAGUCAUUCAGCACGUUUCUCCCACCUAUUAGCCAGUCUCAAAGGGACCUCUUUCCCGGACGCCGCCCAAACACCAUGUCAUCCUUCGCGUUGUACUUCCCUGGCGCGACCACGACCACAUCAUCAUUAGCGGGGGCAUUGUCCAAACCGUCCACCGUCCGCCUGACCGUGCCCUCGCCGGGGCUAUUCUUGCUGACUUUUACAGGCGGCGAGACGCCAGACAACCGCCUGACGGCUCACUUCCUCUCUGCCUUCCUCGAAGCACUCGAGUACGUGCAAGCGAAGUGGGAGGCGAUUUCUGAUGGUAACGUAGAGGGCGCCGACGUCGCGAAAGGUGCAGCGCUCGUCACGACGGGUCAGACGGAAGCAGGGAGCAAGUUCUUCAGCAAUGGCCUCGAUCUCGAGGCUGCCAUCGCCGACCCUGAGUUUUUUGACAAGUACCUCAACCCGGUCUAUGCCAAGCUCAUGAGGUUCCCCAUCCCGACUGUCGCCAGUCUCGGCGGUCAUGCAUUUGCAGCUGGUUUUGGGCUCGCUAUGGCGCACGAUUACCGGGUCAUGUCUGGACGUCGUGGCUUCCUAUGCAUGAACGAGAUCCACUUUGGCGCUCAAAUUCCCGCAGGCCUGCUCGCGGCCCUGCAGUCCAAGAUCCCGUCCGCAAAGACCAUCAGAAAGGUUGUCCUCGAGGGCCACCGAUUCGACGGUAAGGAGGCGCUGGCGCUCUCGCUCGUCGAUCACCUCGCACCUGCGCCCGCUCCUGACCCAGCAGCAGACAAGUCCGACGGCGGCGGCGCGGCCAAGACGCUCGAAGCGGCCGUUCGGCUUGCUGCGUCUGUGCGCAAGCUCGCCAGUAAGGAUGCCUGGGGAAGUAACAAAGAUGUGCUCUACGCGCCGUAUUUAGCCAUUCUGAGAGCUGUGUAAGUCUCGAUUGUCAGGUGCAUAAGGCCCGACGGGUGUCAGCUGAACUGACACACCGACCACGUCCACUCAUACGCGUGCC